AUGCAUGGCAACACCCUCUCGGCCGCCGCAUCGCCCCAACCACUCCCAUCGCCGACGGAGGUGACUCGUGUCCGUGCUUGGCGUGCUGAAGCACGCCUGCGCACCGUCCUCCGACAUGUAAGCGCGCUGCGCGGUGCGCAGCAGCAGGGCGGCGGCGCUCACGUUAGCCGGCUCCACGACCCAGUGGAUGGAGCGGCGGGGGCAGCAUUAACAGUGCCUCGAACGUCUUCCUCCACACCCCCUCAUCCCAACACUGCGCCAGCUGUGGUCGCAGCAGCAGCGGCUUCGUCGUCGCCUCCUCCCUGGCCACUGCUCCUCGAGUAUCCUCUCGCCCCGCUGGAGCAGCGAGUGGAGCAGAAGAAGGCACGCGAUGCCACUCGCCAGCAGCGCCGAGAUGCCCGACAAGCGGCGGCAGUCGCAACGGCGCCUACGAUGACGACGGCAUCCGCGACGGCGGCGGACAUGGUGCGCAACGCUCUGUCGCAGCCUCUCGGCCUUGUGGCCGCUCGCUUCCUCUCCGCUGCAGCAUCUGGGGCCCCACUACUCUUUCCAGAUAUGCCCCUUACUUCCACCAUCGCCGCCGAUGGUCACAAGAGCAACUGUCUCGCGUCGUCGCCAUCACUGCCUGCACCUUUACCCAAAGCGUUGCCCUCGAGCUCAUCCUCGUCAUGGCCGCCACCCGCAGCUCCGGGGGUACGCACUCCUCCGCCGUCGACCACCGUCUCGCCCAGCCCUCCGAGCAGAACGCCCAAGACGCCCAAUCAGUCGUUUCCACCGGGUGUGCGACAUCCGCGUUCGUUGUACCGCCAUUCUCACCACCGGCAUCAGCGACUCCCGUCAAAUUGGUCCGCCUCUCGUUACUCGUGGGAUAGCGCCGACGGCAGCCCGAGCCCGCUCGCGCUGUUGCUGCAGACGCCGCCUUCGGGGAGUAGGAGCCAGGGUCUCCUCCACCGCCAUCACGCCUCAGCUCGUCACCCAGUGCAGGAAGACCGACAUUGCCACCACCACCACCAUUACCAUCAUCCUCAGCGGCGUUACGGCGCUCAUGAGGCGGUGGGUGGUGCACCGGCUCCCCCUCAAAGCACCGCCACCAACGCCAUGUCCAAGGAGAAGCAGAUGCGGUCGUCUGUGGGGCAUCAAGGCAGUACACCAACAACGAAGACACCACACCCCGCAGGCGUCUUUGGUAAAAGCUCAAUCAACUUCCUCGCGCGGACAUUGCGCGAGGCUGGCACUGCGGCGCUGGGGGCGUCGCCUCUGGCUAACAGUGAAAAGCGCCACAUCACUGCUGCUGACCACCACCAUCACGCCUGCCACUACCACCGCAGUCGGCGUAGAGAGAAGCUAGAGCAGGGUAACAACGGGGCCAGCGGCAGCAGUCUCUACGCCGCAGACGGGUGCGUCUCUCACGACUCAUGCUCCUCGUGCAACUCCUCGUGUGCAUGCUCAGGGUCUAGCUAUGACAGCUGGCGCAGCAACGAGUCCUCGUGGAGCACUAACAGUUUGCGGACGUCUUUCACAGAUGGGGUGCGCUCGCCGCCGUCAGAGCCGUUCACGCCUCUGACGAUCCCACGAGACGGCCGCUACGACCCUCAUGCGCCUCUGCUGCCCCUCAUGCGGUGCUACGGUGACACUCCCACACGCGAGGUGUUCUGCCGUGUGCCAUCUACCUCGACACAGCACACCGAAAGCCGCUCCUCAACACCGAUGUCCUCGGAGUGGUUCGUGGAAUCGUCUAGCACGGGCACAACUGUAGCUGGCGCAGCCGUGGACACGGCCGCUCACGCACAUGACGGCAGGGGGGAGCCUGCGGAGAGGCAGCGACAGCGACAGCAACACCUGGAGAGGCAUCACCUCCAGCACUCGGCACCUUUUUCCUCGGCUACCAGCACGCAGCUGAGCUACAUGUCAGAGAUGGACGCCAUUGAACGUGGGGUAGUGGCCCCAUAUAUGUCUUACCUCUUCUCUCCUGAGGCACGUGUGAUCGACCUCCGCCAGCUGGAGAGCCGCAUGGGCCUUUCCGACCCGGCGCCGCGGCUGGAGGCGACGUGUAUCGGAUUCUCACGCGCUGCGGAUGUGUACUUGGUGGGGACAUGGCCUUGGCCUCCUGUUGACUACACUAUUAUCGGUGCUGCAGGAACUCGCAAGCGACGCACAGAGAGAACCAAAUGCGGCUGCAAGUCAAAGCGCAGCUUCGUCGGCAGUUUCCGUGCUAAGAUCCGUUGGUGGAAUAGAAAUGCGCCACUGCCGGCUGCAGGCACGCCAUCUCUGCACCGACGACCGCGGCGCGACAGGCAACGUAUCACUAGCUGA